UGAAAUUCGAUUUGCCAGCUUAACUCACGCCCAGCUUCGCCCACAGGGGGCGAUACCGUGCGCCGUUCUUCAUGAUGUCGUCUGUCAUGUCCCGUGUUGUGGAACGACGCGUUGUGAUUCUUUCGCAGCGAAACGCGUCCGUUCGUCACUGAACAGCGACAUUGUGGAUGCGCGGCAGCCCGUCGCAGUGCUUCACACGUCGCACAUCCGACUUAAAGAUUUCGGCCUUCCUCUUUCAAUUCAAGCAGCAGAGUAUCAUGUAAUGGGCCACUCGGUGAGUGAGUGAACUGGCUCUUCAGGUACGGGGUGUUGGUCGUCGUGCCGGCGUUGGCUUGGCUUGACCCGAGGCCAUGGCCUACCUCGAGCUGAACGUUGAGCAGGUGAACCAGGCAGCCGAGCUGCUCCCUUAUGAUGCCCAGGAUAUCGACCCCUUGGCCAGCGUUGUUGAUCCGCGACUCGACAUCCGCUCCACCAAGUCUGCCACGGCUGGUUCCAAUGUACCUUUCCUAGCCGAGUCUGAGCAGAGCCGACGAUCCAGUGUGGCUAGCUUGGCAGGAAGCACGACGGGCAAGGCCCAGGCGCCACCUGGGCCGCCCGCAGACGCUGUCGGUCUACCCACCAACGGAACCGAGCAGCUGCCGGCAGUUCUACCUGAUGACCCGGUCUAUCCAAACAUCUCUCCCCGGGUAGCGGAGUACGUGGCGACUGAGAAUCCGACCCUGUGCACCCAGGUGGCUCAGUGCAUCGAGAAGCACUCGCGGGUGCACUCACCACGCAGAGGGUGCACCGCUCCGACCUCCUCCACGACUCCUCGUUCACCACUCAAGUGCAUGGCCCAGGCAGCCGAUGCUCUCUCAGUCCAGCAGUCCACCAUUGGUGUCCCUCUGAAGCCAUCUGUGCCAACUAAAGCAAUCUACCAGGAGCUGGUUGAGUAUCCGCCGGAGAGCAUCGUGGCCUCUGUGGACGAGCGCACCUCCUGGCUUCGCACCAUCUUGAGCACUCCGGCUGCCACUGGAAAUCACGUGCAGUCUUCCCAGAACGGGCCCACUAAGUCCAGCCCCCUGCUCCGCAACCAGUGCACCAUCACCAGGAGAGAGCUCCCUUCCGUGCACAACUGGAGGCGGCCGUCCGAGGAGCCGGGCUUCGACGCAGACAACUUCGAUUCAGCCUCCGUGUGCUCGGAGACCGAGUCAAACCUGUCGUGGGUCAGCGAUGUCGAUGACGAGAUCAGGAUGCUCAAGUCCAUGAUGGUGCCACGGGCAUCCCAAUUCGCCGUCCUCGCUGCCAGAGAGAAGACAGUGGCUGCUACACAGACUGACCUUCUGUCCUCGACCGGGAGUGUCAUGGCUCACGUCGGCGUCGAAACGGACGAGACGGACCACUUCGCACUGCUAAAGGAGAAGGCCCACCUCGAGGGGGAGCUGGACAUGCUCCAGGGUGAGCUGGGCCGACUGGUCCAGGCCAAAUCGGAGCUGAAGACUCAGGCAGCAGCAGCCGAGGCCCGCUGCCAGAAGCUCGCGGAGGAGAAGGAUGCAGCCGUGCAGCGUGAGGCUGGCCUGCAGCAGGAGCUGCAGACUCUGAAAAUGGAGUCGGUGCGCUAUGGGCGUGUGGUGGGCGACUACGACAGCCUGAUCCAUUCAAAGGAAUCCGAGACGGGUUUCCUCCACGACGAGGCUGCGGUCCUCUCGAACGAGAACCGUGAGCUGAAGGUCGCCGUGGAAGAGCUGAAGGUGGACCUGGAGUCGCGGUGUGGGGCCAUUGAGGGACUCAAGAAGAAGAUUGCCGAGCUGCACGUUGAGAGCCAGUCAGCCGUACGCGCUCGGGCCCAGCUAGAAGCCGAGAACGCUAGCCUUCGCAACCAACUGCAGGUCAUCGAGAAAUCCAAGGACUGGUUCCGCGACCAGCUCCACGAGAGUCAGCAGGGCAGGAAUCAGCUGCACAAGGAGCAUGUGGCCACUCAGGCCGAGAAGAUCUCGCUGGAGAGCUCGGCAGAGAUGCUCCGAGCCGAGAAUGCACGCCUGGCCCAGGAGCUGUUGGAGGCUCGGCAGCGCUCUGUGCGCGACAAGGAGAGCCUCAUGAAGAGGCUCGAGGACAUCGAGGCUGACCUGCUCGAGAGGGAGGCCAUGUUGUCUCGUGAGGCUGCUGCCGCACAGCCUCAACAGCCCGUUUCUGAAGCUGGGGACCUCUCCAGCAAGUUCCGCGUGGCCGAGUUGGAGGAACAGCUGCGUUCGACAGAGUCGAGCCUGGCCGAGCGGUCUGCAGCCCUGUCAGCUCUGGAGCGUGAGCGCACGGAGCUGGUGACGGAAGUUCAGCGACUACGGCUGCGGCUGAGCGACAGCGAGCUUGGUCGGCGUAACCAGGACGAGCUGUUGCGGGAAGGGGUGCAGAAGGUCCGGCGGCUGCAGACGGAACUGGCAGCCAGCGAGGAGCGAGCCACGGAACUGCGCAGCCAGAAGGCGGCCCUGGAGGUGGCCCUGGCUGCAGCCAAUGAGGACAAGCGCGUUGUUGGGGAGUCGCUGGGCACCCUGACUGAAAACUUGGCACGGCUAGAAGGCAACUUCAAGCUCAUCCGUACUGAACAGGUUGCCAAAACGGCACAGAUUGAUCAGCUGCAACGAGAGAAGGCCUCGCUCGUUGAGCGCCUCUCAGAGGCCGAGACUGCACUGUCAUUGGCUAGGAAGGAACUUGAGUCCCGUUCAAACGCAAGGUCCCAGGCGCAGGCCAUGGAGGCAAGCCAGCUGCGAAAGCAGUACAGUGACCUGCAGAAUGUGUUGCGUCUCCUGGAGGCUGAGCUCAAGAAGGCUGCAGCCGAAGCCAGGGAGGCGGCCACACAGCACGGUGUGGACAAAGAGAAACUGCAGCAGUCGGAGGAGCGGCUGGAACAUGCUGAGGCUCAGCUGGAGACCAUGGCACAGCGCAACGCUGUCCUGCAGAGCCAGCUGCAGGAGUCAGCCCAGCGGUUGGUCCGGGAAGAGGCCCGCCGGGUGGCCAGCCUCCAGGAGCAGGCGCAGCUACACGACCUGUCCACAUGGGAGACACGCGUCCGGGAACUUGAGCAGACGCUCGCCACACGCGAGAUGGCCAGCAGGGAGCAGGAACGCAUGCACAAGUCCAACAUUCGUCUGCUGACUCGCAAGCUCCGCGAGAAGAUGAAGGAGCUCAAGCUGGCCCAGGUGCAGCUGGCCAAUGCCGCCAAUGCUGAGUUGCAACAGCGGGACGACCAGUUGCGGCGGCAGGACCAGAAACCGGUCAAUCAGGAAGUCCAGACUCUGGAACAACCGCAGAAAGCAAGUGCCGAGGCUCAGACCGAUGAGGCGGCAAAGACUCAGGAGGAACAGACGGAGCUUGCCGAAAAGAACCAAGAACUGCUGCUGCAGCUGGAAAGGGAACAAGGACGGCUCGCAGGUUCCCUGAAGGCACAGGAGGAGCUGCGUGCCUGCGUGGAGCAGCUGGAGCAGCAGCUGUCGGCGCAGGGCGGCCACAUGGCCGAGCUGCAGUGCCAGCUGGAGCAGGUGCAGGGGCGCGCCGACCAGGCGCAGGCCCUUCACCAGACAUCGGUGGCUGACCUCCAGCGGGAGCUGGAGAAAGAGCGCACGCUCAGCAAGGAGCUGCGGCAGAGAAUCUUUGAGGAGAAGCGGCGUGGGGGCCAGCUGCAGAGGCAGCUGUCGAGCCUGAAGCAGGGUCUGUCGGAGGCGAGCCAGUCGGCAGACGCAGGCCGCCUGAAGGCCCAGACCCAGGCCGAGCGGGCGCAGAGUCUCGAGUUGCAGCUGCGGGAGGCACAGGGGCGGCUGGAAGCCCUCCGGGGGGACCUGGCUGCUUCCCAGGCGGCCAGGCAGGAGCUGGAGGCUAAGCUGCGCAAUGCUCACGAAAGGGACCCCGCCCUCGAGCAACAGAUGAAGUUGCUGAGCUGGAACGUGAAGGAGAAGACCCAGGAAGUGGCGGCGCUCCAGGAGCGCGUGCACCUGGCCGAGACUGCCCACCAGGCUGAGGUGAUGGGGCUACGCAGACAGCUUGAGGAGGCCCAACAGCAUCACUCCAACCUGUCGGCCGAGCUGAUGUCGGUGCGCAAGGAGAAGUUCACCUUCCAGGCCAGGCUGCAGGAGCUCAAGAAUGUGCUGCGCUCGCGCAUGGAGCAGUGCAAGGAGCUUCAGAGGCAGCUGACAGAACUGGCGGAGACCACUGAGUUUGCCCUGCCCAACGUCACACCAGACUAUGAUGAUUCAUACAUCACGGAAUUGCUCCAGCAGUGUUCUUCACAGCCGACCAGCAGGCCACUGGGGAGCCUUCAGGUGUGCCUCGACUCGCUCAAGCAGGACUUGAACACUCUUCACAGCCAGAUCCGGCAGAAUGUGGAACUUCCUAAGAAAGAACUUGUGACCUGAAGACUGCUGCAACCGCCUGGAGCGCACAUCAUGGUCUUCCAUCGCAGUGACUGAUGCCAAAGAUGAAUGCCUUUCAAGGAGGAGGAGUGUGCUUGAAGAACCAGGGAUAUAAAACUUUCUAGUGUGUCGUGACCGUAUAAUCAUUGUGGUGUUGGGUAUCUUUUCAGUAAGCUGCCUCCUUUAUGUAGUACAUUCUUUUGUUACGUGCAUUUAUGUAUGUCCCCUUUUUUUGUUACAUAUUAUACUGUCAAAGUAUUGUUAACAUUCUCUUUCUUUUCCACUUUUCGAGGGCGGUUAAUAGAAAUGGAACAGGGUGAAAUGAAACUAAAAUGAAACUAGGCUUUUAGUGAGAAGGCUGUGUUGUUUGUCUGGUGUGUGGAGGAUGCCGACUAUGCUGAAGAAUGAUAAGUUUAAGUGAGUGAGUGUGUCAUGUGUGUGUGUGUAGACCUGGGGCCAUUUUCUGAGUCAUUCAAUAUUUAAUAUCUAUGCUAUCAUUUUUGCAGAGCGCUUUGACCGGUGGAGCGAAUACUCGGUGAAGAGUAUUCAAAGGAUUUUUCUUGAUAUAUCAUAUCAUGUGCAAUAUGCCGAGUAUAUUCGUCAAUAUUUUGAUUGGCCAUCGGUUCUAUUUUCCAGGAUGUUGUUGUGGUCCUUUUGAAAACGGCCAUUGGAAAGCAGUGAUUAGUGGAGGCAAGUUUAUCCUUGGCUGGGUGAAUCUGUAUAUUCAUGGUACACAAGAAACAGUCGACUGCCUGACCACUACAAGAAAAGAAAUACAAGUCACUUCUGUUUGUUAGCUGUUUUAAUCAGUUUGUUAACACAUUCUGUUCAUCAGAUGACAACUGUAUUGACAGACGUAUUGGCAAAUUUAUUGGUAACUGGUGUAGGUGAGGAGGGCACCUACCAAAGAUUGUUUCGUCAGGGCCAGUUUUAGAUGACAGUCGACCCACCUUGGAUUGCGAACGCUGAUAUCUCGGCAGGUUUUCUCUCUCAAAGCUGGCAGGCACGUUAUUCACUCUUUUCACUUUAUUGUUAUUAUGUUUUUUAAUUGUUAUCUUCCAUUUCAUUCUAGACAUUCUGAUUUCAAGUCCUGUAAAUCUGGUGCCUCGUG